AAUUUCUAUCAUGGCCCCAGUAAAAUAUACUCCUCCUCCUACACCAUCACCUCCAGCAUCUUGUUACGCCAUGAGUGACGACGAAGAAGAUGAAUAUAACACCAUAUCCCAGGCUGCCUCGAGCAGAGGGGUUAAGCUGCUCUUUUCCAAAAGCAAAGUCUAUGUUCAUCCAACUUCCUCCUCCAAAGAUAAUAUCCCUGGCUUUAUCGCCCUCGUCCAGCAAAAACCGGUCCCCGCAUCACAUGCAUCCGCGUCGCAAUCCAAAACCCCCGAUACACCCUCCUAUCUCCUUGCAUGGGUCCCAGAGGCCUCCCUUGGAGAAGCCUAUGAUACAUAUGUGAAAGUAGACCUCUCGGAAGGUGACUCCCCACCGCGUCAGAAGUACCUCGUUCCGCCGCUUCCGACCACCACAACCUACAAAGACCCCGUGGGGUUGUAUGCUUUUGCAAUUCCGCUAUCACAGAUAUACUCCCUACUACGGGCGAUGGCUUCCCCCGCGCUAUUCUUCCAUGACGACGAAUGCGAGUCAACCAUCCUACAAAAGAGGAAGAGGGUCAAGGAAAACUUCGAUCCAUUUGGCACUGAAGGCGGUCUAUUUUGGGGCGGCGAUGAAGUCCUGCGCUGGUUGCGGAGGUAUGCGGAGGUGCAACGCUCUGCGGUGGAUAGCAAUGUGUACCUCAUCAACCCGUCGGAUGAGGACCAGCUGUCCUUCGGCCGACCGUUGAGCUAUAGCGAUAAAUCUAUAUUAGCAAAGGCACAACCCGAAGCCGCCGCUGGAUCCCGAGCCGAACCGCCUGAUGCCACCAUGGAUCCAUUCAUGAAGACGCUCAAGGAGACACGGUGGAAAGUGCUGGAGCAGCUCAGCAAAAUCACCACCUUUACCCGUCGAACUGCCAAUGAGUUCGCAGAAAAUCCUCGCAUACCGCCUCAGAUGCGCCGUUUAAUGAAAAACCCAGAAAUCCAGACGUUGCAAGAUGAGUUCGACAGCGCCAGAGUCUAUCUGGCUCGUUGGGCGAUGAGUGUUGCCGAGCAGAGCGAUAAAGAGCGAAAUCAGCGUAUAUGGACUGCGCAGGACAUGCUGGAAAUGGAGAAUAGCUCGGUUGGCGACUUUGAGAUCUUAGAGCUGGAGACUGGGAACCUGGCUAUCCAGGAGCGACGCCGUGUUCUCCAACUGAAAGAAUGGGAGGGCUUCUUCGACCCGACCUCGGGUAGACUCCAACUAACGACGGAGGAAGUCAAAGAGCGGAUCUUCCACGGCGGCUUGGAUCCCAAUGAUGGCGUUAGAAAGGAGGCUUGGCUCUUCCUUCUCGGUGUGUACUCGUGGGAUAGCAGCCGCGAGGAGCGCCAAGCGAUGAUGAACUCCAAGCGCGAUGAGUAUAUCCGGCUGAAAGCAGGCUGGUGGGAGCGAAUGGUUGAGGGCAACUCAACGAUCGAGCAGUUUGAUCAUUGGAAAGAACAGAAGAAUCGGAUAGAGAAGGAUGUUCACCGCACCGACCGUACGAUUCCUUUGUUUGCGGGCGAAGACAUCCCCCAUCCGGAUCCUGAUUCUCCGUUUGCCGAGACGGGUACCAAUGUGCACCUGGAGCAGAUGAAGGAUAUGCUCUUGACAUACAAUGAAUUCAAUCCAGACCUCGGGUACGUCCAAGGAAUGAGUGAUCUCCUGGCGCCGAUCUAUGCUGUGAUGCAAGAUGACGCCGUAGCGUUCUGGGCUUUUGUCGGGUUCAUGGAUCGAAUGGAACAUAAUUUCCUGCGGGACCAGUCUGGAAUGCGUGGCCAGCUAUUAGCGCUGGAUAACCUCGUUCAGCUCAUGGACCCCCAGCUUUACUUGCAUCUGCAGUCCGCCGACAGUACCAACUUCUUCUUCUUCUUCCGCAUGCUGCUGGUGUGGUACAAACGAGAGUUUGACUGGACCGAUGUCCUGCGUCUAUGGGAGACAUUGUGGACCGAUUAUUUCUCCAGCAGUUUCCAUCUGUUUAUUGCACUGGCGAUACUCGAGAAGCACCGUGAUGUAAUCAUGGAUCACCUCAAGCACUUUGAUGAAGUGUUAAAAUACAUCAACGAACUCUCCAACACAAUGGAUCUCGUACCCAUUCUCACCCGUGCAGAGUCGCUCUUCCGCCGUUUUGAGCGUUCCGUACAAGCCAUUGACAAGAAAGACAACUUCCCCGCUGCACCAACCGCCUACCAGCGUCGCCCAGGCGCAACCGGCCAAGAUUCACCUUCAGGCAGCAAGGGAAAAUCACCCCAGCCUGUCGUUGGAUCAAGCAGCGGAGUCAACGCUGGCCCUUCUAAUCUUCAAAAGGCGAUCGACGCCGACAAGCCGAAGGUGAUUUCUCCAGAGCUACGAGAAUUACUUCGGAAAGACAUCCCCUGGAAACGCCAGCAGACUUCAUGAUUGGCAUCAGGUGCUAUGAGAUGUUGGGAUUGGAUGU